AUGGCCUCCCCUCCUCCAUGUCUUCUCGGGGCAGUCAACACCCAGGGACACCCCGGUGACUUUGAGACUCUUUGCGGUGAUGGCAGCACCCGGGUCAAUAAGGAUCUUGUGAAGCUUUGCGGAAACGAUUACAAGGAGGCCCUGAAGGGCUUCACGGAUGCUUGCGGCGAGGCCGGAUACAAAAUCCAUCUCACUCCCAUCUCCUCCUCUUCUUCUUCCUCGCCAUCUCACACUGCUUCCAGCACCGGCUCCAUGACCACCUCCGUUGUCUCUCCCACUUCGACUUCUGGCUCCGGCUCCAGCCCCAGCUCCGGCAUGGGAUCAUCUCCCUCCAGCACCGCCCCUCCAAACAAUGUCGGCGCUCUCCAGAAGGCUGACUCGAUGUUCGUCGCUCUUGUUGUUGCCAUUGUCGGAGCUAUUGCCCUGUAA